AUGACGCCCUCUGGCGCGCAAUUCGCUGUCGUUGCCAACCAUGAAGCGACAGACACCAGUCGCCUCCCGGCUUAUCGGGAGAAUCGUUUCUGCAGGCAUCACCCCUACCCCAGGCGUCAUCGUCGUCAGACUCCCGACUAUCUACAGAGUUCGGUCGACUUUUGUUACUUGGGAAAAGAGAUCUUUACCGUGCCGAGGGGCACGGAAAACAACGCCGUCAGCCAAGACGACCCCGAACGCGAUCUCGCACACCUAGAUGAGGCGCUGCAUGGCCACGAUACUCAAAAUGCCCGUGUCCGCCGGCUCUCGACGUUGGUUCUUGAUCUUGCGUUUGCGGUUCGCCGCCAUCGUCGCAGCAUUGCAAUUGUGAAGCCCACAAAAGAAACGGACGUAUCUCAAUAUACUGCUGAGCGCUUUGCUGCAUGGGCGAACGGUCGGGAUGUUGUAUUUUUCUGA